AUGAAUACUCCUACAAAAGUUUACCUCAUACCAACAAAAGCAAAGCUCCAAGAACUGGUGCAGGGCCCGAGGCCGGGGCGGGGCCGGGAGCAGGGGCAGGGCCCGGAGCAGGGGCCGGGCCGGGAACUAGAAGGGGGGCCGGGGCGGGCACAGGAUUGGGGGCCGGAACCGGAGCUGGACCCGCUGCUGGCGCAGGUGCCGGGACGCUCAAUGGAGGGGGGGGAAAGGCAAAUGGGGGCGGGUUCACAGGAGGGGGCUGCGAGACUGGGGCCGCUUUUGGGGGGACGGCGGGGGGCAGAGUUAGUGCUGGUGGAGGGGUUUGAGGGGCAGGGGAAGGUGCGGGGAAGAACGGGGUGGGCUUGGGGAGGGGGUUGGCGAGGGAGUUGGGGAGGGGUUGGCGAGGGGGUUGGGAGGGCCGUGGAGGGGAGCGGGGUUAUGCGUCGGGGGUAG